AUGCCAAGCAAUGUGAAUGUAACCGAAACAAUCCUCAUCACCCCUUCCGAACCAACUCCGAACCACGUUCUCCGUCUCUCCGCUCUCGAUUCGAAGCUCUUCGCGCGUUUCGUCACCGACUACAUGUUUGUCUACGAACCCCGCCACGGAGCAGAUCAAGAUGCAAUCACCGAAAAUGUGAAGACGGCCCUGUCCCGUGCCCUCGUGCCCUACUACCCGCUCGCGGGUACGGUGCGAGUCCGGGCCGAAGACCCGGGGCUCGAGGUGGCGUGUACUGCCCAGGGCGCCAUAUUCAUAACCGCCACCUCCACUUGCACGACACCCGAAUUCAAUUCUCCCCCACAGCACAUCAUGCAGUGGAGGAGUUUCCUGUCACAUGAUGUGACAGACGCCCUUAGUGGGGCCCCGCUAGUCAUCAUGCAGUUGACUUGGCUGCAGGACGGUGGGGCCGUCCUGGCAGUCGCAUUCAACCACUGCAUGAUAGACGGAGCUGGCAGUAGCCAGUUCCUGAACUCGGUCGCGGGGAUCGCCAUGGGCCCAGUCGGGCCCGGGUCGGGCCCGAAGCCCGUUUGGGCCCGUCACUUGUUGGACCCGGUCCGGGCCCGAGGGGUUGAGCCGGUGAGUCUCCCGGAGUGCAAGAUCGUCCCGGACGUCUCGGGAUUCGAGGCCCGGUUCGCGACGGAGGCGUUUGCCGCUACUUCCACGUUUUUCGACGUGGACAAGCUGAGGGAGAUGAAGGAGCUCCUGAAGCCGAGGCGCCACACGUCGUUCGAGGUGCUGGCAGGGCACGUGUGGCGGAGCUGGGCGAGGGCACUCGGGCUGGCGCCCGAGCAGAGGGUCCGGGUGUUGUUCAGUAUAAAUGUGAGGGAGCGGAUGAGGCCGGGUUUGCCGGGCGGGUUCUACGGGAACGGGGUGGUGCACGCGUGCGCGGAGGCGAGCGCGGGGGAGCUGGCGGGGAACGGGCUGGGGUUCGCGGCGGGGCUGGUGGCUGGGGCGAAGGAGGGGGUGGAGGAGGAGAGGGUGAGGGAGGUGGUGGAAUCGGUGAGUUCGAAGUGGGAGCAGGUUGAUUUUGUUGGGACGCUGAUUCUGACGCAGUGGUCGAGGCUGGGGCUCGAGAUGGUUGACUUUGGGUUGGGACGGCCGGUUCAGGUUUCCCCGGUUUGCAGCGGGAGAUUUUGCACUUUUUUGCCGGUUUGUGGCGUGGAAAAUGCGGUCAAAGUCAACUUGGGGGUCCCAGUUACUGCGUUGGACCAGUAUCUUUCUUUUGUGACAAAUAUAUCUGAAUAA